CGCCGUGGCUCCGCCCUUGGCAGUGCCGUCGCUCCCUGUGACGUAGCCGUGGUGCGUGCCCGGUGGCUGUGCGGCCUGGCAGGAAAAGAAAGAGAAAAAACAGUAUGUCAUCAGGAACAGUAGUGAAUGCUGCUCCUUCAGGAGGAUCGAAUGAUGUGGGCCUGGAGGAACCAAAGAAGAUGACAAGAGAAGACUGGAGGAAAAAAAAGGAAUUGGAAGAACAGAGAAAACUAGGAAAUGCGCCUGCUGAGGUGGAUGAAGAAGGAAAGGAUAUCAAUCCUCAUAUUCCUCAGUACAUAUCCUCAGUACCAUGGUACAUAGAUCCUUCUAAAAGACCUACACUAAAGCAUCAGAGACCACAGCCAGAGAAGCAGAAAAAGUAUAGCACCUCUGGAGAAUGGUACAAACGAGGAGUUAAAGAGCAUGCUGUGGCAACUAGAUACCGUAAAGGAGCUUGUGAGAACUGUGGUGCAUUGACACACAGUAAGAAGGACUGCAUGGAGAGACCCAGGAGAAUUGGAGCAAGAUACACAGGCAUGAAUAUCGCACCAGAUGAACACGUGCAGCCUCAGCUGACAUUUGAUUAUGAUGGAAAGCGAGACCGUUGGAAUGGCUAUAACCCAGAAGAGCAUAUGAAGAUUGUAGAGGAAUAUGCCAAGGUUGAUUUGGCCAAACGUACACUGAAAGCCCAGAAGCUUCAGGAAGAGUUAGCAUCAGGGAAGCUGGAGCAAGUGAACUCCCCAAGACAGCAGUGGGGAGAAGAGGAACCAAAUUCACAGACAGAAAGAGAUCAUAACAGUGAAGAUGAGGAUGAAGAUAAAUAUGCAGAUGACAUUGAUAUGCCUGGACAGAACUUUGACUCAAAAAGACGUAUCACAGUUAGAAAUUUACGUAUUCGGGAAGAUAUUGCUAAAUACUUGAGGAAUCUGGAUCCAAACUCUGCUUACUAUGAUCCCAAAACAAGAGCAAUGAGGGAGAACCCAUAUGCCAAUACAGGCAAGAAUCCAGACGAAGUUGGUUACGCAGGUGAUAACUUUGUUCGCUACACUGGAGAUACCAUUUCAAUGGCACAGACUCAGUUGUUUGCUUGGGAGGCUUAUGACAAAGGCUCUGAAGUUCAUCUGCAAGCAGACCCUACAAAAUUAGAGCUACUUUAUAAAUCCUUCAAAGUGAAAAAAGAAGAUUUCAAGGCACAGCAGAAAGAAAGCAUCCUAGAGAAGUAUGGAGGACAAGAACAUUUGGAUGCCCCACCAGCUGAACUGCUGUUAGCUCAAACAGAAGAUUAUGUGGAGUACUCUAGGCAUGGAACAGUCAUCAAAGGACGAGAGAAAGCUGUUGCUUGCUCUAAAUAUGAAGAGGAUGUAAAGAUCAACAACCAUACAAGCAUUUGGGGUUCAUACUGGAAAGAAGGCAAGUGGGGUUACAAAUGCUGCCACUCAUUUGUCAAGUACUCAUACUGUACAGGAGAAGCUGGGAAAGAAAUUGCUAAUGCUGAAGCAAGCUUACUGCAAGAGCAACCCAAGGAGGAAGAACACAUGACAAAACCCAAAACACUGAUGGAGAUCCACCAAGAGAAACAGAAAGAGAAGAAAAAGAAGAAGCACAAGAAGAGCUCAAAUUCAGAUAGUGACGGUGAAGAGAAAAAGAAGCAAGAAAAACUUAAAAAGGCACUAAACGCAGAAGAGGCUCGUCUUCUUCACGUGAAAGAAAUCAUGCAGAUAGAUGAGAGGAAGAGACCAUACAACAGCAUUUAUGACAGCAGGGAGCCAACAGAAGAGGAAAUGGAAGCUUACAGAAUGAAACGUCAGAGACCUGAUGAUCCUAUGGCCUCUUUUCUUGGACAGUAGUCAUGGCAGAAGUCAUUCCUAUACACUAGACUCUUUUUCAUUGUUGUUUACAGUUCUAUAGAAACCUGCUAUGGCAAAGACCAUUUUUGGCACCAAAAAAGAUGGUGAAAAUUUCUGCCAAUAGACUUAAGUAGAUAUACUAUACCAGUAAGUUCAAUAGACAUAGCAAUUACUUCAGGAGACAUAUUUAUAGUCACAUUAUAUGUGUGUGUAUGUAUACAUAUACAGUCACAAAUGUAUACAUACACACAUGUAUAUAUAUAGGAUAUUACAGAGUAGAAAUAUUUUCUCUCUUUAUUGGAUAAGAUCAGAUCCUGGCUACAAUUCUGAGUUCAUUUGGCCAACCAAUAUAUGCAUAAAGUAAUGACACAUUUGGCAAAACUGCUCAAAAGAAAUGGUUGUUACGUUGCUUAAUAUAGAAUAAAAAUUGUUGCAAAGAAAA